AUGAGUUCUUUCCCAGCAGGCGCGCUCCCCUCCCCCCCGCCCUCGCCGCCCGUCCACGCCGACCUGGAGAAGUCCACCGGGCUUGCCGACCCUCAUCCGGCGGGCCUAGUCAGCCGGGCCGACAGCGACCUGGCCGGGCACAAGAAGCCGGCCGACUACGACGACAGCCAUUGGGCCACCAUCCUCCACCGCUCCUCCCACGCCCACGACCCGCUCCUGCUCAAGAAUUCGCUCCAGGACGAAAGCGUGCUCUCCCGGCUCCGCAAGCGCGGCCGCAAGGCCCGGCCCGUCGAGGACUUCUACGAGCUCCAGAACCAGCACAUCAAUAACCUGCUCAAGUCGCUGGACGAGGACGCCAAAGAAGCUAUCGACGCCUCCCAGUCCUCCGCCACCCACGUCCGCAUCGCCAUCCAGGCCUCCUUCAUCGUCAACUGUCUGCUGGCCGCCCUCCAGCUCUACGCGGCCAUCUCCUCGCUCUCGCUGUCCUUCUUCGCCACCGCGCUCGAUGCGGUCUUCGAUCCAUGUGCAAACUUCGCCCUCAACUAUGCACACCGGUAUGCGAGCAAGGUCGAUCUGCGCAAGUAUCCGAGCGGCGGAUCGCGCUUUGAAACGAUCGGCAACAUCGUCUAUUCGGGCGUGAUGGGCUGUGCGUCCGUGGUCCUGGUGGUCGAGUCGAUCGAGAGUCUGGCCAAGGGCCCCGGCUCCGCCGACCAGCGCCUCCACAUCCCCGCCAUCGCCGCCGUCUCCGCCUCCUUCGUCGCUAAAGCCGCGCUCUUCUUCUAUUGCUGGGCCGUCAGGAACCAGGACGGACAGGUCCGGGUGCUCUGGGAGGACCAUCGCAACGAUCUCUUCAUCAAUGCCUUCGGGAUCUUCACGAAUGCCGCCGGGGCCAAGAUCCAAUGGUGGAUCGACCCGUUGGGCGCCAUGCUUAUCUCCCUUGCGCUCAUCGUCCUGUGGGGCGUCAGCAUCACCCGAGAAUUCAAGCAACUAGCAGGCGAAAGCGCGCCGGUCGAUUUCAUGCAACGAGUGGUCUACAAAGCGAUGACGUUUUCGAAGCACAUCGAGAAGAUCGACUCGUGCAAAUGCUACCACGUAGGCCCGAACUAUUUCGUCGAGAUCGACAUCGUCGUCGACGGGAACACGCCGCUCUGGCUCGCCCACGACCUUGGCCAGGCCCUCCAGGAUAAGCUCGAGGGCCUGCCGAACGUCGACCGCGCCUUCGUCCAUCUCGACCAUGAGGUCGACCAUAAACCUGAACACGCCAGGUACAAGUAA